UUUGUUAUGAAAUGUUAGAUUUACACCGAUGAUUCUUAUCUACUAAACAAACAUUUAAGUUUGAGUAACGUAAUGUAGAUACGGAAGGCUAGUCAUUUCUGGUAUUCGUUUGAAUAAUGUGAUCAUGAUAAUUUAACUUUAAAUACAAUAUUACUUAUUAUUUCAAAUAUAAAUCAUUAUAAAAUGGAAUACAGAUUGGAUAAUAACACUAAUAAACAUCACGCUGACUGCCGAUUUAAGAGACAUAUAAAACAAAGGAUAUCAAUACGGCGACAAAAUAAACGCGUGGUCUUCAAAACAGGAGAGUUAAACUUAGAAAAAUCGUCCUCGGAAACUCCGUUUCGUUUAAUACCUGAUAUUAUUUCAAAGUUUAUAGAUGCGAGGUGGAGAUGGAGCCUAAUAUUUUGCAUUCUAGUUUACAUUUUAAUAUGGUUCUUAUUUGCAUCAAUUUGGUGGCUUAUUCUUUAUUUACAUGGAGAUCUUAGAGAAGAAAAUUUGCCCAGUGCCAACAACGGAACAAUUUGGAACCCAUGCAUUCGAGAAAUUUACAGUUUCACGUCUAUUUUUCUAUUCAGUAUUGAAAUACACACCACAAUAGGCUAUGGCAAGAGAGCUAUAACGCUAGAAUGUCCUUCGGCUAUGUUAACCAUGUGCAUCGAAGGCAUAGCAGGACAUUUUACGCAAGCAUUAAUUAUUGCGAUAGUUUUCGCAAAACUAACAAGACCAAAAAAUCGAGCACAAUCCCUUAUAUUCUCAAAAAGUGCUAUUAUUAAUCAAAGAGAUACCCAUUUGUGUUUGAUAUUCAGGGUAGGAAAUAUAAGAAAAUCGAGGAUAAUAGCAUCAAAAGUGAAUGCUUAUUUAAUUCAAUAUGAAAGUAAUUCAGAUGAUGAUAUCAUAGUGAACAAUGAACAAAUUAAUUUACGCGUUAAAGUUGAUGCAUGCGAUGACAUACUAUUUUUAAAUCCAAUAUCUGUUGUUCAUAGAAUUGAUAGUGACAGUCCUUUCUAUAACAUGUCUGCCCAAGAUAUGUUGAAUUCAAAUCUAGAGAUAGUAGUCGUCUUUGAAGGCGUCAUCGAAUCGACGGGACAGACUGUUCAAGCAAUAUCGAGUUACACCAGUCAAGAGAUAAUGUGGGGUCGGCGAUUUUCACAGCUGAUACAUUUCCAAAAGAAUAAGCAAGGUUAUGUAAAAGAUUUCUCCAAGUUUGAUGAAAUGUGUCGAGUGAAUACACCACUUUGUAGAGCGAAAGAACUAGAUGAUUAUUUUGAAAAUAGAAAACGUUUAUCGUCUGUACUUACGUGAGUGAUCAGCACCUUCACUUAUGUUACUUCUUUAGUCAUUUAAAUGAUAUUGGUUUAAGAUGUGGAUUUAUAAUCAUUACUAAUUUCCUCAGUUUCAUAAUGUCUUCAUAAAUAGUUUUCA